AUGAAGAUUGUAGAAGAACUAAAUGCAAUAUUUUUAAAUUGUUCUAAAAAUGUAGAUAAGAAGAAAAUUAAAAAUAUAAAAAAUAUUUUAAAUAAAAAAAAUAAGAAAAAGGAGAAGGAAUUAGAAAAAUUAUUUGAAUUUUUAUCAAAUUUAUUAAACAAAGAUUUAGAAAAAGAAGUUUUAAAAAUAAAUUUAUUAUCAUUAAAAGAAAAAGAAAAAGAGAAAGUCUUUAAUAAUUUAAGAAGAAUAUUUAGAACAUUUGUUUUAUUUAAAUAUGAAUAUGAAUAUAUAGAAAUUUUGUGCGAUUUUUUAUUUUAUUUAUUCAAGUAUAUGAGGAAAAUAAAUGUAAAGAAAAGUUAUAAAUUAAUAAAAAAAGUUACCAAAGAAGGCACAGAAGAUAAAGUUGAUUUUAUAGAAAAAAAUAAAAAAGAAAAAAAUAAGAAAGAAGAGAAUAAAAAAGAAGAGAAUAAAAAAGAAGAGAAUAAAAAGGAAGAGAAUAAAAAAGUAGAAAAAUUAGAUGAUGAAAAAAAUAAUGAUAAUAUAGAUAAUAACAAAGUGAACAAUAAAACUAUUAUUGUCUCAUGUUUAAAUAGAUACAACAAAUUAAUUUUUAACUUUUUAUUAAAUAGUAACAUAUUAAUAUAUUUAGAAAAAUUAAAAAAAGAAGAUAGCAAAAAUUUAAUAUGUGAUGAACAUUAUUUUUUUACGAAAUUAAAAAAUUCUAUUUUUAAUAAAAAAUAUAUGUUAGCAUUAAGUGAAUGUAUUCGUUUUAUUAUAUUAAAGUAUCCUAAAUUUCCCAUAUUUAUUGAUUCACUUUUUAAUUUAUUUUUUUAUGUUCGCAAUAAAUUAAUAAUAUUUUUUAUUAAAAAUAUUUAUAAAAAGAUUUCAGAUAUAUUUAUUUUAAAAAAUAAUGAAAUUAAUAAAAAAUUAACUAUAAAAAAAUAUUAUAAUCUUUUAUUUUUUGUAUAUUUCUUAUAUAAAAUAAAAAUGGUUAUUUAUUUAUAUUUGAAUUCAGAUAAAUGUAACUUAUUAAAUGAUUAUAUAGAAUCUAAAACUAUAGUUGACUUUUAUAUAAAAAUUAUAAGAGAUUAUAAAAAUAGUUUUUAUUAUUGUUUUUAUGCAAUAAAUAACAAUAAGAAUAAUCAAAAAAAUUCUCAGAAUUUAUGUUUAGUUAUCAUUUAUUUAAUUAACAUAAUUUAUACUAGUCACAAUGAUGUUCUUAAAGUAUUUGAUAAUAAUACCAACAAAUGCACUUAUUUUAAAAAAUAUAAGGAUAUAUUUUAUCAUUAUCAUAAAAUAUUAGAUAACGUAUUUAAAAAUAAUAAAGAUAACAGUUUUAUUAAAAUGAAAAGGAAAACCAUUCUCUUAAAUAAUAUGUCUACAAAAAAUUAUAAUAGUUUAAUUGAAAAAAAAAAAAAAAAAAAAUCUUUAAAUAUGGAUUAUAAGAAUAUAUCCAAUCAAAAUAAAAUCUCAAGUAAUGAUCAAAAUUAUAGUGACAUAAAUAAAUAUAUAAAAAAUUAUUUAUUGAAUAAAAUAAUUAAUGAAAAGGAAUAUUCAUUUUGUUAUUGUAUUUCUUUUAUAUAUACUCUAAUAAAUAGAAGUAUAAGAUUAUAUGAUUAUGAUACUAUUUUAAAUGAUAUUAUUUUUUAUAAAAAAAUGUGCUUUGAUGAAAUAUAUUCAGAAAAUCAAGAAGUUUUAAGUAAUCGAAAUAUUAAUACAAAAGUUCAAUUAUUUAAUUAUUCUAAAAUUUUAUAUAACAAUUUUUUUUUAAAUCUUGUAAAAAAUAGUUUUUACUUUUAUAUAAACAUAGAUAAAAAUAUUCUUAAUUAUUUUUUUAUUAAUGAAUUUCAGAAAUUUUUGAUGAACAAAAAUUUAAAUUACAAGGAUUUAUAUUAUCUAAUGGGGUAUAGAAUAAAUGAUAAAUAUCAUGAAAUUAAUAUUUUAUUACUAUUUGAGAAAAUUAUUUUUAGAAAUAUUUUAAAAUAUACCAUACAUAUGGAUUAUCAAAACUUAAAUAAUUAUGAAAAAAAAAAGGGGGAGAAAAUAAAAGAAAGGGAAGAACAUAGAGGAAAUAAUCUUACAUAUUUUUUUAAUAAAAAUUAUAAAAAAAUAGAAUCGUUAAACAUAAACGAGUUUAAUAUUAGUAAUAAAGAAUUAUAUGAUUUAAUUAUAAAAAAAUCAGAAAAUACUUUUAUUAUUCUUAAUAACCUAAAUUUUUUAGAUUUAAAUAAUUCUAUUAAGAAUUUUCAUUUUGACAAAAAUAUAAUUAAUUUACUUUUAUAUCAAUUAACAAAAGAAGGUUUUACAAUCUUAAAAUUCUUACAUGAUUCUAAUCUAAGAAAAAAAGAGAAAAUAAAUAUUUAUAUUAAGCAUCUUAAUUUCUUAGUUUUUAUAUUAAAACCCAUUUCUAAUUUAUUAAAUUCUUUUCUUUCAAUUAUAAAAAUAAUUGAAUCAAAAAAAAAAUGUAUACUGUUUUGUAAUGAGAAAAAAAACAUUUUAUUUGCAGAUAAUUAUUAUGAAAAUAUAAAAUAUAAAAAGAAAAAUAUGCAAGAAGAAAAAAUAGUCUUUCUAUAUUUUGAAGAAAAUUUUAAUAAAAAUUGUAUGAAAAAAAAGUACUUCAAAAUUUUGAAUAAGUUUAUUAAAUUAUAUAUUACUAUCAUCAAAGAAAAAUAUAUUAAAGGAAAGAUAUUUUGUGAUAAUGAAUUUAUUGAAAUUGGGAAGGUAAUUUUCUUUGUUUUUGAUUUUAUGAUAUUUUAUAUUUCUAAUAGUAUAAAUAUAAAUGAAAAAAAUCAUAUAAAUAUUUUAAAGGAUUUAAAAAAAAUUUAUUGCAACCUAUUUAAUGAUGUAAAUAAUUUAUAUGAAUUAAUUAAUAAUAAUAAAAAUUUUCAAAAAGAGGUGAAAAAUAAAUUAAUAAGUUUUUCAGAAAAUUAUUUAUUUAUAUAUCAGAAAUUAAAUAGUAAAAUAGACAAAAAUUAUUUUACCUUUUUUGUUAAUUAUGAUUAUUUAGAAGUUGAUAAAAAAGAAGAUAAUAAAAUAUCAAAACAGAUUUAUAAUCAAUUAAAAAAAUUAUCAAUAGAAAAAAUAUAUAAUAGUAGAAUAAGUGAUAAUGAAAUUAAUGAAGAUAUUAAAAAUGAAAGAAAUGAUAUUAUAAAUGAUGAAGAAAUUAAUGGUAACAAUGAAGAUAUAGUUAUUUCAAAUAGUUUUUUGUUAGAUUUAUUGGUAGAUAAUUCAAAAAAACAAGAAAAAAAAAAUGAUUUACAAAAAAAAAAAACUCAUAGUGAUUUAUUUUAUAACGUCACUUACUUAUUAAAAUGCUUAAAAAUAAAUAUAAAGAAAGAAGUUGCUGAAUCUUUGAUAAAAUCAUUAUAUUAUAUGCUUAAUUCAUUAAUAAUAAUAUCUAAAAAAGUAAAAUUAAUUUCGAAUAAAAUGGUUAAUGGGAUAAACGAAGGAGAAGUAGAAGAAAAACAUCAAAGUGAAGUUGAAAAUAUAGAUGGAAAUAAAAAUGAGAAAUCACCUACCUCCAUAUACAUUGAAGAUUUAACAAAUUUAGGAAAAAGCUUAAAACAUAUAUUAUUAUCAUUUAAGGUUAAUAAAAAUAUAAAAAUAAAAAAUUCAAAUAAAUUAAAUAGUAUAAUAAAAAAGUAUGUAUUUAAAAUAAUAACGAUAAUAAUUAAAGAGAGAAAAAAUAUUGACUUAAUAAAAAUUUGUAUAAAAUGUUUAGAAUACUAUAAUAUUAUUGAAAAAAAAAUAAAUAAUAAAAAUAACAAUGUAAUUAAUUAUUUAUUUGAGUUUUUAAAAAUUAUAUAUUUUAUUCCAUAUUUAAAGGGAUAUUAUUCAAAGUAUAUAAAUUUAUUUUUUAAAAGUGGUUUUGUUAGAUAUAUGAAUAUAAAUGAAUUAUUUAAUAAAGCAUAUAAAAAUUAUUUCCAUCAAAUAAUAAAUAAAUUUUGUUCUGAUUUUAAUAUUUCUGAUUAUAUAGGUAAUAAAAUGAAAAUAAAAGAUAUAGAUAUCACGGUAAAAAAAAAAUUUGUUAAUGAAAUCAUUAACAACAUAAAGAAAACGUAUAAAAAGAAUUAUGAAGCAAUGGAAGAGAAUUAUAAACAUUAUAUGAAUAGUAUUAAAAAUGAAAAUACACUACUAAACCCAUUUAAUUUUAAUAUCAUUCUUCAUAUUAUACAAAACAUAUGUAUUUUUUUUAAUAAAGCGUUAGCAGAUAAUAAUGCAAAUGUAUUUAAUAAAAAAGUUAGUUUAAAUUUAUUGGGAUUAUUAAAAAAAAUUAGUAGUAUAUUAAAUAUGAAAGAUAAUAAUUUACUAAUUUUUAAAGGUGAACUAAUAAAAAAUUUAAUAGAAAUUCAUAAAUUUCAAAAACUGUUAGAUGAUAAAUUAUCUAAUCAAAAAAUAUAUAUUAAUAUAAAUAAUUUCAAUAAAAAGUUAGUAACUUUUUUAGAGACAUUAAAACCAUUUGAACUUCAAUAUGAGCAAAAUUCUAUAAAUGAAUUAAAUGGAAAUAAUAUGAAACAUAAAAGAAAAUCAAACAAAAGAGAUUUAGAAAAAAACAUACAAAUAAAAAAGAAAAUAAAAAUAUAG